AUGUUCGCCUCGCCCGGCAUCGUCCCUACCGGAGCCCUGCUCGGGUCUCGGCGCAGUGUCAGCAGCGUCGCCACCGGCGCCGAUGGGAAGGGCACCUCGGGCGAGUCGGUGCCCGGGUCGGCGCCCGGGACGCCGCUGUGGCCGGCGGUGCCAGCCUGGCCGCCGGCCCCCCGGUCGCUGAUCCCCGGCGCGCAGCCCAUGUCGCCGAUUCCCUUCCCGCGGAUGAGCACCAUGGCGGCGACCGGGCUCUUCUCGCCGGAGACGCCGACCAGCCCGGGCGCGCGGCCGGUGGCCCGGUCGCAAUCCUUCGCCGGGCCGGCCCGCACGGCGCCGCUGUUUGCCCCCUCCGGGCCGUCCUCCCCGAGCAGCAUUCGGAAUGGCGGGCGCUGGCUGUCGACAACCGCCACGCCGCGCGCCCGGCCACCGACCGGCCCCAUGGCACACUCCUUCGCCCCGGGCACCCGGCUUCGGGCGCUGGAGGAGGAUGCCUUCGAGUCGGACUCCACCGUCGGAUCUGACGAGGAAGACGAGGAGGACGAGGAGGAGGAGGAGGCGGCGGCGGCGGCGGUCAGGCCCGCCAGCAUGGCCCCGCCCCAGGUGGCCGCCCUCCUCCGGCACCCUCCGCCGGACUCGGAGGUCGUGGCGUCGACCAACUCCCCGGCCUUCCGCCGGACCAUCAGCCGGCUUCUGUCUCCAGCGGACCUGGCCCCCCCGGCCUCCCUCGCCCUGGCGUGA